CCUGAACUUUUGAGAGACCAAUGGGGGGUUGCCCACAACAAGAAACAAACAAAUUGCUCUCGUCUUUUGUUAACAUAAAAAAAAAAAGACAAUUCCAAAGGGAAAAAGACAAAAUUAAACCAAAAAAAAAAAACAAGAAAAGCUACAUCCUACAUAUAGACAGAUGCGUGCGGCCCACGCUCCUCCUAAUCUCUCUCUCUCCCUCCCCGUCAUUUUCUCUUUCUAUUUUAAAAUAUUUCUCCCUGUCGCAAAAAAAGGAGAUAAAAAAAACCCUUCUCCUUCCUCUUCCUCCGGUUUUUUGAACUCGUCUUUUGAUUGUCUUGUCCUUUUCAGAUGUUGUUCUGAAGCUUUCCUGUCAUGUUCUUGUUCGAAUUCGCCUUCAGGCCAUUUUUCGUCGCCAUGCAAUUUUCUCACAGAAGAAUCUGAAACUAAGAUCUCAGAGACCGACGCUCUGUUCGGCUUUGUCGGAAGUUUUUGUGAAAGAAAAGAAAAAGACAGAGACAGAGGCUUUGAUCUUUCAGAAGAAGCAUUGUUAAGUUGCUACAAUGGGUGAUGACAAAGUUUCCAACGACUUGCUCAUAUUUUGCCAUGGCAAUGGCGAUGCUCAAGAACAAGCUCCCAAGGAUUCUUCUUCUUCAGAGUUCUUCAACGACAUCAAUGCCGAUUCGUCGAUCUCCGAUCUCUUGAACUUGGAAGACGUCGAUUCGGCUAAUCCGUUCCUCGUCGAUGUUCCCGUGUCAAACGAGCCUCGAGAUCGAGAUUCGGAACAACCCGACAGUCCCUUCUUCGAUCAACUCGACACCCCGAAGAUUUACGUUGCUCCAAGAGUUGCCGUUAGCCAUCAGGACUCGUUCUCAGAGGAUUCCCAUGUCGAUGAUCACGUCGAGGAAAUGGGGAUCUCCUCUGGAUCUCCGAGGAAAGAGGCGAGACAAGAGCUCGCUCCUCUUCCUCGUCUUAGAGUUCCUGGAUCGCCCCGAACUCUUGUCUACCCGAGAGCAGCGGUGUCUCCGCGUUUUGGGUCCCCGAGAGGCGGCAUCGAAUCCCCUAUGAGCUCUUCAGGUACACCUAAAGUUGGAGUGAUCGAUACGACUGCACCUUUCGAAUCAGUUAAGCAAGCGGUUUCAAAGUUCGGAGGGAUUACAGAUUGGAAAGCUCAUAAGAUCCAAAACAUAGAGAGACGAAAAAUGGUGGAUCAAGAACUCCAGAAGAUGCAGGAAGACAUACCCGAGUACAAGAAACAGGCUGAGUUAGCAGAAGAGGCGAAACAACAAGUGCAAAAGGAGCUAGAGGAAACAAAGAGACUCGUUGAGGAACUCAAGCUUAAGCUCGAGAAGGCGCAAAAGGAGGAGCAACAAGCAAAACAAGACUCGGAGCUCGCGAAACUCCGUCUCGAAGAGAUGGAACAAGGGAUAGCUGACGAGGCCAGCGUCGCCGCCAAAGCUCAGCUCGAGGUGGCUAAAGCGAGGCAUUCAUCCGCGGCUUCCGAGUUGAAAUCCGUCGGGGAAGAGAUCCAAACGGUCUCUAAGGAAUACGAAACCUUGUUAAAGGAAAAAGACUUGGCCGUGAAGAAAGCUGAUGAUGCCGGGUUGGAGGCGAAGGAGAUAGAGAAGAAGAUGGAAGGAUUAACGAUCGAGCUGAUGGCCACAAAAGAGAUGUUGGAGUCAGCACACUCGACUCAUCUCGAAGCUGAGGAGAAGAGAUUCGGGGCGGCCAUGGCUCGAGAUCAUGAUAUCUAUAAUUGGGAGAAGGAAUUGAAGAUGGUGGAAGAUGAUAUCGAGAGGCUUAACCAAGAGAUUCAAGCCGCUGAAGACGUGAAAGCAAAACUAGAGGCCGCUUCGUCGCUUCUUCGGGAUUUGAGGGCCGAAUUAUCGGCUUACAUGGAGAAUUCCAAGCUGCGGGAAGACCCAAAUGGCGAUUCUCUGAAGCAAGAGAUAGGCCAAAACGACAUACAAACAGCGGUUGAUUCAGCGAAGAACGAGCUCGAAGAAGUGAAAUCCAACAUCGAGAAAGCAACUUCCGAGGUGAAAGCCUUGAAGAUAAUCGUCCCGUCGUUGCAGUCGGAGCUCGAAAAAGAGAGAAAGGUUCUCGAAGAGACAAAGCAGGGAAACAACAAGCUGGAACAGAUAGAUUCAGAUGUGAGCUCGGUUCAGACGAAGCAUAAAGAAGCAAGAGAAGAACUAGCAGACAUUGCCAAGAAGCUACAACAAGCAGCCAAAGAUGCGGAGGAGGCGAAAUCUCUCGCCCAAGCUGCUCGGGACGAGCUGAGUAAGGCAAAGGAAGAAUCUAUUCAAGCGAAGGGAGGAGUUCGCACAAUAGAGAACAGAUUAAUUGAGGCGAAAAAGGAAAUGAAGGCAGCUCGGGCAUCGGAGAAGUUGGCCUUAGCGGCAAUCAAAGCAUUGCAAGAAAGCGAAUGUGCUCAAAGGUUCGAGGACGUUAACUCACCUCGAAGCAUAAUAAUCUCCGUGGAGGAAUAUUACGAGCUAAGCAAGCGGGCCCACGAGGCAGAGGAGGCGGCUAACGCGAGGCUAGCGGAGAUCGUCGCCCAGAUUGAGGUGGCUAAAGAGGACGAAUCCAGAAUAUUGGAGAAACUCGAGGAAGUGAACAGAGAGAUGGCUGCAAGAAAGGAAGAGCUAAGACUCGCGAUGGAAAAAGCUGACAAAGCAAGAGAAGGAAAGCUGGGCAUGGAGCAAGAGUUGCGGAAAUGGAGAUCGGAAAAUGAAAAGAGGAGAAAAGAAGUACCUGUGGAGCUUGAGAAAAGCCCGAGAUCGAGCACUGAGCAGACGCAUAAGGAUCACAGCUUUAGCCCGUCAACAGACACUGCUCCUCGUUCUCCAGACAAACCAGGACCCGAUGCUUCGGGUGGACAGGGAACCAGCAACAACGAAGCUCAUACCAAUGUGAUUCCUGAAACGAAGAAGAAAAAGAAGAAGUUUUCUUUGUUCCCAAAGGUUUUCAUGUUCUUGUCGAGGAAGAAAUCGCACAAAUGAGACGUUCAAUAACCGAGGACUCGCAGGUAGGUUUUGCGUAUCCAUCCUUCACUUUUUUACAUUGGAUUCCUUCUUUUUUUCCCUUAUAGCAACAUCGAAAGAGAGUCAGAAUUCCAUGAAGAGACAACACUGGAGGUAAGAAAGCAGUUACCUUUCCAUGUAAGGUUUUCUUGGAAGACCGAUUUGUUGUUUUGUCGGUACUGUCUGGCCGAGAAAAUCUAGAAACCUUCCGGCUAACUUGCCUGUUUUCUAUGGCAAAUUGUAUGGAAAUUCUCCUUUCGAAAGAAUGAAAUGAACAAUUUACAGUGUUUACACAGAAUGCUUCUACCAUACAUUUCAUUGCUUUUCAGCAGCAGAGUAAGAAAGGGUCUGAAUCUGAUGAUGGUCUUGUUCCAAGGAUUAGAAAGAUCAUGUUUGUACUGAACAUACCCUGUGGCUCAAGCCCCUCGAAAAGAUCUCAAAUCCUCAAUCCACUCCUAAUGACAUCAUCGGAACCCUAGCUGACACGGAGCAGCUAUAAGCAAAA